GUUAACGAAUUCAGCUAACUGAUCAAAAUUCUUUCUCCAAAUCACUGCACUCCUUACACGAAUCUGGUAAAAAAACUCUCCCUAAGAACUUCUCUCCUUCGUCCUAUCAUCUUCUUCUUCUUCCUCCACUCCAUUAAUCCACACUCUCUCAAGAUCAGAAAACUCUAGAGAUCUGAGAUUGUAACAGUAUGGCCAGAGGAAAGAUCCAGAUCAAGAGAAUCGAGAACGAUACGAACAGACAAGUAACCUAUUCGAAACGCCGAAACGGACUCUUCAAGAAGGCCGGCGAACUCACCGUAUUAUGCGAUGCUAAGGUCUCGAUUAUCAUGUUCUCCAGCACUAGCAAACUCCAUGAAUACAUGAGCUCCUCCAUUUCGACGAAACAGAUGUUUGAUCAUUACCAGAAGACAUUGGGAGUUGAUCUAUGGAAUACGCAGUAUGAGAAAAUGCAAGAACAGUUGAAGAAAGUUAAAGAUGUGAAUAGAGGUCUUCGAAGGGAGAUCAGUCAGAGGAUGGGUGAGAAUUUGAAUGAGCUUUGCUAUGAAGAACUGAUGAGACUUGAGCAAGAAGUGGAUAAUUCCUUGCAGCAAAUCCGAGAUCGUAAGUUUAAGGUGCUUGGAAACCAGAUUGAGAUUCACAAGAAAAAGUUGAGGAAUGUGGAACAGACACACAGAAACUUACUUCAGGAAUUUGAUGUGAGGGGGGAAGAGGAAAAUUAUGGAAUGAUUAAUAUUAAUAAUAACAAAGAAGGAGAAUAUGAUGAUGAUGAUGUUGUUGUUGGAGGAGAAAUAGGAGUAGGGUUUCAUGGAUUCAUGAAUCGCAGCAGCAACGGUCGAAUUUUAAAUACUAAUAAUAAUCAGAUCAGAACCGUUCAUUCUGGUGGUGGUGCCGUUGGAUUAGAUCUCACAACCUAUGCCUUGCUUUAAAUUACUCUUUAGCAG